CUUCGAACAACCCGUGAACCCGAUCCAUAACCCUUGCCUAUAUCUAACUUUCAUAGUGCUACAUACAGUUAGUUAUACACAUCAGCAGGCAAGCAAGCUAAUGAUAUUAAACAGAGGAAAAAAAGAAAGACACAUUGAAGAACAAUCUCCAUGAUUCCUUCUUCUUCUUCUAGUUCCUCCAGGAUGUCAAUGUCAAAGAAAAGAGACCGCCCAAGCCUUGAUACCGCUGUGUUCGAUAUCUGCCGCCGUGAAAUCGGCCAUCUCUCUAACCGUAAAUUCGCCAUACGACUUGCCGCUUCUGAGGAUAUAGUCUUAAGACUUGGUCUUUUGAGGAAGCUGGAUCGACACCGUGGAUGUGUAAACACGGUUGGAUUCAAUGACAGUGGAGAUAUUCUUGUGUCUGGCUCAGAUGACAGGAAAGUUAUACUUUGGGACUGGGAAAUGGGAAGCGUUAAACUCUCAUAUCAUUCAGGCCACAUUAACAAUGUCUUUCAAGCAAAGAUCAUGCCCGGCACUGAUGAUAGAAGCAUUGUUACUUGUGCCGCCGAUGGUCAGGUGAGGCAUGCUUUGAUCCCAGAACAUGGAGAAGUGGAACCAAAAUUGCUUGGAAAACAUCGACGUAGAGCUCAUAAACUAGCCAAUGAACCUGGCAGUCCACACAUCUUUUAUACAUGUGGCGAGGAUGGAUUGGUCCAACAUUUUGAUCUAAGGACAGGGGUGGGCACACACCUAUUUACUUGCAAAUCCUUGCCCGGUAGAAAUUAUAGUAUGCAUGCUGUUGACCUUAAUUCCAUAGCUAUUGAUCCUAGGAAUCCUAAUCUGUUUGUGAUUGGUGGUUCGGAUGAAUUUACUAGAUUAUAUGAUAUCCGUCGUUAUAAAUGGGAUAGUUCAAAUAAUUUUGGUCAACCGGCUGACUAUUUUUGUCCCAAGCAUAUAGCUGGUGAUGAGAAUUUGGGUAUAACAGGAUUGGCAUACUCGGAUCAAAGUGAACUUCUUGUAUCCUACUGUGACGAGUUCAUCUAUCUUUUCUCGAAAGACAUGGGCUUGGGUAAUGAUGUAAAUCUAAUUCUAGAUAACGACUCCUGUAGUUCCAACUCAGAGACAGAAACUGAUGACAAAUGCGGGCCCCGUGUCUACAAGGGGCACAUAAAUUCUAUGACAGUGAAGGGUGUUAACUUCUUUGGACCCAAAUGUGAGUAUAUUGUUAGUGGGUCAGAUUGUGGUAGGAUGUUCAUUUGGAGAAGAAGUGAUGCAGAGCUCAUUCGUGUUCUAGAAGCAGAUAAACAAGUGGUGAACUGUAUCGAAUCACAUCCAUAUGCUGCUAUGCUCGCCAGCAGUGGGCUUGAGCGUGAUAUUAAGAUUUGGACACCGAGUGAAGUUGACAAAGCAACUCUCCCAACAGAUAUUCAUAAGGUUUUUGCUCGUCGAUUUCUUUUCCUUCCCAAUUUUGACGUUGGCUCUGGUGAUGAGUAUUACUCCAACGACUUUGAUGAUGAUAAUGAGGAUAGUUCUAUCGAUAGCGAAGACGAAGACUACCAGGAUGAAGACGACAAUGAUGAUUAUUAUGAUGACGAAGAUGAUGACAAUGAUGAUGAUGAUGAUGAUGACGACGACGACGACGAUGAUGAUGAUGAUGGUGUUGGUGUUGGUGAUGAGGAAGUGGAUGGCGACGUGAUGAUGGAGGUGGAUGGGGAGGUUGUGACAGAGGUGGAUGAUUUUACUUGUGAUGCUCAUGAAGAUCCCAUCGAGAAUGAUAUUCAGGUCUUUAAUAGUGCUAGCAAUGACGAAUAUGGUGAUUCACUUGAAGAUUUUCCCGAUGAUGAGGAAUGAUGGAAGUCUGAACCAUUGUAAAGUUGCAUGUUGUUGGGCAAUGGUGGUGGUCAGGAUGCUAAUGUUCCACUAUUUUGUUUCUUCCCGUUGAUGUUGGACAGUUGGAUGUGGAGUCUGGAUUCUCCAAGGGACAUCUGCUGCAACUGUCUUUGAUGUGAAUGAAUCUCGAUUUAUAGAAGCUAGCUGCUGAAAGCUUUGAUGUAGGACCGGGACGUUUUGUUUUUGAUUUUAUCAUUACAUUCGAUGAUAAUUUCAGCUUCGACGACAACAAUGAUAAUGGAACUUUUAGAGCUUUUUCAAAAGGCAAAUUAACGUAGCCAGUCAGGAACUGGCAUCAUGCUUCUGGUUUUUAUAUUAUGAUGAUAUUUAUAUGUUUAUUAAUAUAUAUAUAUAGAGAGAGAGGAAAGAUUUAUAGGGAUUAGUUAUUGUAAGAUAAGUAUUUAAUAAUCUUAGCUUUCAUACUUUCGAUA